UAAAUGUCUUAUUUUAAUUUGAGCAUUUCAAGCAAUGCAGUAACAUUUCUGCUUCAAUUGAAAUGUGUAUUUUUCUUGCUUCAGAUACAUUAAACAGCACAGAAACCAAAUACAUCAGGAUUUUAUUACCAUGUCCAUUACUCUUAAUACAUUUGGGGGCUUAGUGCAUGUUAUUGGUUGCAUCUCACAAAGUUCCCAAACUUUCUGAAUGCUGUUGGUGGGAGGGCCAUCCAAUAUGGUCAUUUUUAAGUUGUUUAUCUUGAGUUUUUCGUUUUUAGUAAAUGCAAGUAGAGCUUCAUAAGUUUAGUGAAAUGUGGUAUUUGUGACAUGAGAUCCAUGUGAUAGUUUCCUCCAGUAGUUUCCUCUGCAGCAGCAGGUGGUGUAGACCAGCCCAGAUGGCAGCCGCAUGGUCGGCAGGCUGGUGCGCGCACAGAGACAGAGACACUGGUCGUGCCAUUUUCCAUGCGCCUUGCUGGGGGCGAGGAGAGAGGGCAGCUAUUUUGAAAGUGACCCCUCAUUCAGGCAGCGACUCUGCAGCUGUCAGGAACCAUGACUGAAGAUGACGGAUUCUGUUGUCGUGGAGGGAUAUGCCAGACUCAGAGAUGGAAAAAAGUGGAAAACGAGGUGGCUCGUUGUUCGUAAGCCGUCGCCUGUAGCAGAUUGCCUCGUGCUGCUGGUGUUUAAAGACAAGCCUGACAAAACCCAGGGCAGCAGGGAGAGGGCCAGUUUCACCUUGGAGGAGAUCUGCGGUCUGGAAGCGGGACAGCGGUAUGAGGGUGUGGCGUUUACUCUGGCCAUCCUCUGUCUGAACCAGGCUGCUCUGCUGGGCUUCGACAGCAGGGAGGUCCUGCAGGCGUGGGACGUCCGCCUGCGAUACAGCCUCGGAGAAGUUCACAGCUUCAGCGUCGGCGUCUUACCAGGGACCAAGCUGGAGAGCGGACCUGCAACUCUUCACUUGUGCAACAACUUGCUGGCUCUGGUCCGGGACGUCCCUCCUGUUAUUAUCGGCCACUGGAAGCUUCCAGACCUGCGCAGAUAUGGACCCGUACCCAACGGGUUUGUGUUUGAAGGAGGAACAAGAUGUGGCUAUUGGGCCGGUGUUUUUCUGCUUGCAUCUGCUGAGAGUGAGCAGAUCAGCUUCCUGUUCGACUGCAUCGUCAGAGGCGUCUCCCCCACCAGGAGCCCCUUUGGACUGCGGCCAGUUCUGCCAGACCUGAGUCCCAGUCAGACGAGUUCUGAGGAGAAGUUGAACCAUGAGGCCCAGGAGCUGGAGAAACGGCUGAGCAUGCUGUCUCAGAGAAGCAGCACAGCAUUGUCCACAUACUGCCCAUCUGCUGGGGGAGAUGACCACAGUAUAUCUGGUUCCUCUGACACUUCAGACACCAGCCAGUCAGACUGCAGUGGGCUGGCCCUCUGGUCUGAUCCGGCCUCCAGUUCAUCUGAGCAAGGCCAUGUUGCCGUUAAAGUGGCACUACAGAGCAUUGAGAAGCUUUCCAUCAGCCAAGGAGGUGGAAACCUGCCUGCGGCCAAGCCUCCCCGCCAGCUUCAGGAAAUCGGCCGUCAGAGUUCAUCUGACAGCGGCAUCGCCACUGGAAGCCAUUCCUCUUACACCGGAAGUUUCUCCUCUUACACGGGGAGCCUGGAUAUCACGGCUGGGGAGGACUUUGGCUCUGUUUUCAGCUUGCCUCCCCAUUUGGCUCAAGACCUGAGCCCCUGUAUUUGCCCCACCGUUCCUGGACAAGAGUACCGGGUGCCGACAUCACUGAGGUAUCUCUAUGACUCUCCCAGGAGUCUUUUACAGGAGGGAAAUAUUGGUGCCAGAGACGAUGAACCCUCCACCCCAACCGAGGACACUUUAAGGCUCAUGACAGAGUCGGCUAAGUGGGAUGAAAGCAGUCCUCCGCCGUCUGAGGCACAGUCAGAAACUACUAAAGGACAGUCGGUGAGUGAACAUGGACAGGGCCCUUCACAGGACUGUAAACAAACCAAGAUUGCGCCCUCUAGUGACCGUCCAGACUCCUGUCACAUGUGCAGCUCUUUCACAUCUGCCUCUAAAACACUGGUGACCAUCUGCUCAGUGUGCGGUGGAUUUAAGGGGGCACCAUACAUCCCAGCAAGUGGCUCAGUGAUGCCUGCCAUGCCAGAUCAAACUGUUGACAAAUCACCAUGCAGACCCAGCACUGCUGUUCAGUACUGUACUGUAGGGAAGGCAAGUCUGGAGACAUCAUGGGUCUCUCCAGGAUCUGGAAGCAUCCUCAGCCCUGUGACGACAGAUUCACCGCUGCCAAGAAAAGGAAGAGCGAAAUUAGUUGGCCUCUUAGCUGCUCUGCUAGGCUUUCCAAGCGCAGAGACGCGACCAGAGGCAAAGACUCGCAGACUGAACCUGUAUGAGUCAAUGAGCCCCGCUUUUGGAAAUGAGCUCAAAUCGAUAUCAGCUGACACCUAUGUACUGUUACAAGACAAAAGAGCUGCCAUCUAUGAAAACUGCUCCAAGUGUCAGAGAGAGAAGUGCCGCGCUGCUCCCUGCAUCGUACCUGCUGAAAUGUACUGUGCCAGGAACGCCUCCACGUUACCAACCAUUCCACCUAGGCUGAAGAAAAGCCAAGAACAUGAAGUACCUGUUAAUGAGGAGCUGCUUCAUCGAGCUGGCAGCGACGGGUCACAGAGCGUGGACGGGCUGCAUCACACCAGGGAGAUGAACGGUCGAACCAGUGAAGACAAAAGGCUUAAUAAUAAAGAGGAAAGAUGCAGAGCUGAUCCUGCUUUUGAAAUCAUGGAGAGCCAGGCACCAGAGAGGAACUCGGAGGCAGAGGAAAAAAGCAGGUGCGAGACAAUGGUCAGCCGUGGUCAGCAGAGCUUCCUUCAGGAGAGUGAAGGGGCAGUGUUCAUUUUCCCCCCAGAUGCACCGCUUCCUGAGAGGCCACACAGUGAGGGAGUGACAUACGUGAAUAUUCCUGUUAGUCCCACGUCUAAGAAGCAGCUCAACUACCUGGAGCUGGAGCUGCAGGAGCCGGGGCCUGGCCCUCGAGGGACUGUCGCACACCUACCAGCACAAAGGAAGCGCUCCACCACGUACGCCCAGAUUAACAUCACUGCUACAGAGAUGGCCCACAAAGUUGGCAUGCAGCACGCCUUGGGUCGGCAGGAGGGCCUGCACACCCUGGAGCUGAGAAGAAAGGGGAUGCCACAUUGACCCCAUCAUCACUGCAGCGUUGCUCUCAGCCUGGUGUUUCUGCCCAGGACCAGCGAAUCCAUCAGACUGUAAAGUCUGCAAUCAGCAUGAUUUUUUCAGUCCAGACAGUUCUCAAGAGAUCCUCCUCUGUGGCAUCCCUUCCCAGUCUGCAAAUACUCAAAUCCCAGGAAGUGUUACCUGAU